GUAUUUUAAUACUGUGUGAGGUCACUCUGAAAAUUAUACUAUGUGUAUUUUAGUACUAAAUCUGGUCAUUCUAAACAUUAUACUAUAGUAUGUGUAUUUUAAUGCUAUUUCAGGUAAUUUGAAACAAUAUACUACAGCGUGUGUAUUUUCAUACUUUUUCAGGUCAUUCUAAACAUUAUACUAUAGUAUAUGUAUUUUAAUGCUAUAUCAGGUCAUUCUAAACAUUAUACUAUAGUAUGUGUAGGGGUUUCCUAUUCAGCUUCCAUUAAUUUUUUAACAAAUUAAAGGACCUGUUACUUCUGUACAAUGGCUUUAAAGUAAAUUAUCAUUUGACCUCUCAUUCUACAGACUAAAAAUGAAUUUAAACUUCAAAUGCUAUUUUGCCAGUGGAAAUAUGAAACACAGACCCAGCUAUAUGCAGUUUGCUGAAAUGAAAAACAUGCAGAUGCAACUUUUCAAUCUGCAACAGGAAGUCACAAAAGUCCAAGCCAUUGGAGAUGACUCCCAGGUGGGAGGGGCUCAACCCCUGUGCUCCGCUGAUUUGCCUCCAGAUAAGAUGGAAACGCUACAACCGGAUGUACUGAUUGGCUCUGAACUACAGGAAACACACAAAAUGUCCCAUAUCGCUCCAUCCACAUUGAUGAGAAGUGCAACCUCCACGGAUAGUGGCCCGGCACCUCUGGUGUCGAGCCUGACGAACUACUGUUGGGACCUCUCCUGCCACAGGGUGUGUUCUUCUAAGACUCUGCUCCAAUUCACGAUCGGUCCCGUGAGCUUGACACACCCCGUGUACAUCUGUGAGAGUGGAGCCAUGCCUUUGCUCAUUGGCAUCGAUGUUUUGAAGUGCUUUGAUGCUUUUAUCGAUAUUGGGGAACUGAAGGUAGGUGUUAGAAAACCUCUGCCAUUCACUCCACCUUCUUUCCCCGACUCACGCUGCCUUGCGGUAGGUUAUUCUGAGCAUGGGGGAACCGCAUGCUCACUGCCGAGCUCAAAGCCAUCAGAGACUCCCUCUGAUGUUUUUUCUCAGAUUGAACAGGUUGUGGACCAAGCAGAUGCUCUUACCAACGAUGUCGAGCGAGACAAACACUGACAACUUUUGUUAAAAUACAAAGAUUUUCUUUCACUCGACUCCUUGGACUGUGAUCUAACCACUAUCCAUGAGGUCAGGAUUCCUACACUGCCACAUGCUGCGCCGAAUUUUGUGCGUCCAUACAAGAUUCCCCUGGCAUCCAACGGGCCAGUCCAGGAAAUCAUUGAAAGCGUCGUGACUAAAGGGAUCAUCCGACCCUGCAACAGCACCUACUCGGCUCCAUUGUGGCCAGUAAAGAAGCCUAAUGGUAAGUGGCGACUAACCAUUUACUACAGGCAACUCAACAAACAGGUUCCCUUGUCUAGGUAGCCGAUGGCGUGCCUGGAACAAGAACUCUCAAAAGUGAAAUACGCUAAAUACUUCUCCACCCUUGACAUUGCGUCUGGAUUCUGGACAAUUCCUGUCCAUAAAUCGGACCAACACAAACUAGCCUUCUCCUUUGCCAACUGCCAGUACACCUUAACUCGGUGUCCUUUCGGUUAUUCCAACUCACCAGCUGAGUUCAACAUCUUCUUGGACAAAGCCUGCCCUGAUGCUCGAGAGCGAGGUACCCUCAUCUAUGUCGACGACAAUCUUGUUCGUAAUCGUACCUUGGAUGAUAAACAUGUGUAUUUUAAAACUAUUUCAGGUCAGUCUAAACAUUAUAUUAUCGAAUGUGUAUUUGUAAUGGUUUUUCUGGUCAUUCUAAACGUUCUACUAUAGUAUAUGUAUUUUAAUACCAUUUCAAGUCAUUCUAAAGAAUAUACUAUAGUAUGUGUAUUUUCAAACGAUUUCAGAUCAUUCUAAAUAUUACACUAUAGAAUGUGUAUUAAAAUACUAUGUGAGGUCAUUCUAAACAUUGUACUAUAAUAUGUGUAUUUUAAAACCAUUUCAGGUCAUUCUAAAGAUUAUACUAUAGUAUAUGUAUUUUAAAACUUUUUCUGGUCAUUCUAAAGGUUUUACUAUAGUAGUGUAUUUUAAAACUAUUUGUGGUCAUUCUAAACAUUAUACCAUAGUAUGUGUAUUUGAAUACUUUUUCAGGUCGUUCUAAACAUACUAUAGUAUACUGGGAUAGGAGACAGAGUUGAGUUGCCAUAUUGACGGAACAUUCCACAUAUCUUCUGAGGUUUUUUUUUUAUGUUUUAGCCUUGCAGACUCAAGGGCGCCAGAUUCCGAUUAGAAAUUGUUUUGGGGCCAGACAGAGAUAAUUUCCUCUCUGUCUUACAGUUUGUUGGUCCUCAACCUGUGAAAAUCCCAGUAAUGGACCUUAAACUAUCCCAAUCCGUGCUGAUUCGUCCACUCUAUCCUUCAUGGCAUCCAUCUUCUGUGCCAAUGAAUGAAUCCCGGCCAAAGUUCCAAGCUUAUGAUUCAUCUUGACAAUUAUGUGAGUCUUUGAAUUCACAGCGCGGUGCAAGCCAUCUCUGAGUUCGGGGA